CCGCCCCUCGCCCCCAGCCUUGGCCAGACGCCUCCGCUGCUCCAAAAGCCCCAGAGAGCGCAAGAGAGCAAGAGGACCGUCCUGGUGGCCCCCGACUUUCUCGCCUCCCCUGCCCGGCCCUGUCGGACUCUCCCCGCAAGCCCUUCCCCGCGCGAUCGCCUUGCUUUUCCUGCUUUGUUUCAGCCCCGGCGCCGAAGCGGAGGAGGAAGCCCAGCCGUCGGAGCUCCAUGGCGCAGUUUGGUCCUUGGGGCUGUUGGCUCUUCUUAGCCGUGGCCUUAAGCGCGACCCCACGCUUCGGUCAAGCGGGCAUCCCCACCAUCCGUCUGAUUGACCAGGAGGGCCCCAUCCUUGAGGGCAACAAUGUGACUCUGGAAUGCCUAAUCAAUCCUGGGGAUAAUGUGUCGGACUUCACCUUCCAAAAAUAUAGCAAGUGGCUCCGUUCUUGGAUCUCUUUGGAUGAAUCUCACGACUUGCGUUGCUGGUUUUAUGACGUCACUGUGAAUGAUGACAAUGGGCGCCUCCUGCUGACCAUCAGCAACAUCCAGUCUUGGCACGCUGGACCCUACCGCUGUACCAGCCUGAAUGCCACCAACAACAACACCAUCUCGGAUGAACUGGACUUGCAGAUGGAGUAUCUGCACAAGGUCUUUGUCAGCAAUUCCAACUCCUGGUGUGGUACCGUAGGGGACUCCAUAUCAGUCCUUGAAGACGACAACCUGCAGCUUCAGUGUUCAGCGGAUGCGUCCCAGACACCGCACUACGAGUGGAUUCGAGAGGGCGAUGACUGGAUCCUGCCCUCAGGUUCCUUAACUAUCUACAAGGUAACCCAGGAGCAAGCCGGGACCUAUACUUGCCAAGCCCACCACCCAACUUUGCCACAGUUGACCAAGAGCAAAUCAAUCCGCUUGCUCGUGGAGAGCCCCAAACGCAGCUUCAGUUUUGAGUCUGUGCUGUCCCUCAGCACCCCAAUGCUGGCCCUGGCGGUGGCCCUACCAGCUGUGCUGCUGCUGCUGUUGAUUUUGGUCUUCGCUUUCCUUAUUCCCCGUCACCGGGCAGCUGCCCUGAAGAAAAUGGCUUUGGAGGAAUCUGGCCAGCGCACCCCCAUUUACAAAGGGAGCCUCGACUCUGUGCCUUCUGUUGGGGGAGACACCCAGCCUCUGGUGAUGUGAAGCAGAUACACCGGAUGAAAUGAACUUUUUCAAGAUCCAACUUUUUUUUUCCUGUAUUGAUUAUAGACUGGCAACAAUAUCCUCAGUGUACAGUAACUGGUUGUUUUUGUGUAUAUUUAGGGGAAUUAUUAUCCUGACUUUUGGGGGGACCCGUUUGGAAAAAUUGAGGGGGGCAGAAGUGAUAUUGGGGUGCCUGUGAAUCUCUCCUUUCCAGCUACAUUAGCUGCUCUUUGUCUGCCAUUCUUUCUAAGCUAAAAUACUAUUUUUUCCCUGUGGCUCAUUUGGCCAAUAUCUACCCUGACAAACAUUAUUUCUUUCAUGUUUGGACAGAUGCUGUCUCUCUAUAUUUUUACUUUUUAACUUAAGAGUCAAUGAAUGAAGAAUAAGGCACUGGAUUAUUAUACCUUUUGUUUGUUGAAAAUAAACAAGCAUUGGCUCUUUUCUACAGU